AUGCCUGCCACAACCACCAUGUUCCGCGCCGCGAGGCCCAUCUUCCAACAGACCUCACGUGCGACAUUCCGGAGCCAGUUUGCCCGCACUUCCGGACGCCGAUUCCAGAGCACCGCUGCCGGGAAUGGUCCCUCUGCUCAGCAGCAGCAGAGCUGGUUCAAGCGCAUGUGGGAUUCACCCAUCGGUUUCAAGACUGUGCACUUCUGGGCCCCCGUAAUGAAAUGGGCUCUCGUUAUCGCCGGAAUCGGCGACUUUGCGCGUCCCGCCGAAAACCUCUCCGUGACCCAAAAUGCCGCCCUUACCGCCACCGGCGCCAUCUGGACACGCUGGUGCUUCGUCAUCACCCCCCAGAACUACCUCCUCGCCGCCGUCAACUUCUUCCUCGGCUGUGUUGGUAUCGCCCAGCUCACCCGUAUUGCCAUGUACAACUCCUCACAGAAGAAUCUGCCUGAAAAGGUAGAAAAGGAAGCUGCGGCGGUAAAGGACGCUGUCAAGUCAUAAAGACGUUGCGAUAUAGGGCUAUUUGCGAGAGGAUGCCGAGUUUAACCCUGUAGAUGAUAGUCGGCAUGGCAGAGUUGGUCGGAGUUGAUCACAGGAGGGAACUUGGGAAAUGGGUUCCGCGAAUUGGGUCGAGCAUACUUCGCAUUGACGAAGAAAUCUGUGCAUGGCGAGAGCACUCAUAUAGACAGCAUUUCAUUAACCUUUCACAACACACGAGGCGGCGUUGGAUUCAUGGGCGGUUAAUAUACCUCCAUAUAACUUGAGAAGAAUGAAGCUCA